CCUCUCUCUCUCCUCACUCUCUAUAAAAUGACCCCAUCUGCCCCUCCCUUAUCUCAUCCAAACUUUCACAAUCCACUACCCUUCUCGUAAAAGAAAAACUCAUUCCUACAGAGAGAAGAUGAGUUACCCGAGCAGAGCUUGGAUGAUAGCAGCGAGCGUCGGAGCUGUUGAAGCCUUGAAAGAUCAGAUGGGGUUUUGUAGAUGGAAUUACGGUCUCAGAUCUCUCCAUCAACAUGCCAAGAAGACCAUCCGAUCUUACACGCAAGUCCAGAGACCCUCUCCGUCUCUCGAAUCUUAUUCUUCUUCUUCAAUGGCGAUGAUUUCGGAGAGGAUGAGAAUUGAUGGAGAUGAGAAAACGAAGCAGUCGGAAGAAUCGCUGAGGAAAGUCAUGUAUAUGAGUUGUUGGGGUCCUAACUGAAAGAUUAAGGGCAAAUUUGGAAUAUUGAAAAUAUUUCGAUGCGAUCUGUAUUACACGAUUGUAAGUUUUGAUUAACGAGGGGUUAAUAACACUAAUUACACUAAUCUCACAUUA